ACUAUAAUUUUAAUCGAUAUCACUGUAUUGUACUCUGCAAUAUCUGUGUCUCAAAUCUUAUUUGCUAAAAAAAAGAAGAAAUUAAUUUUUUCUGUGCAAAACCAAUCCCUUUCCACCCAUUUGUGAAAGCUUGCCCACGCAGUCAGCACGCAUGUGCGGGUAUGGGUCCCCAAGAGGUUUGAUAUUGAUUUUUCCAAAACAUUCCUCGGCAAACGCACAAAGAGCUCUGCUCAACACUCCUUGUAGAUACCCAUCGUAGGACAGAGACAAAGCUCGGAGCAGUUCUGUCGGAAUUUUCAAAGGAUAAAAAGGAAUUCUCACAAAAGCAGAGUGAAAAUGCAUGCAAGAUUUGCGGAUCCCGAGCCCGCGUCUCCGGACAGUGGAGAUGGAAUCGAAACGGAGUCGCUGGAGGCCAGAAUCGAGGCAUUUAAGCAGAGUCCCCAGAACAUGGCCGCUCUGAGGGAAGUGCUCGACGAUGUGGUCCUGCGGGCUGAGACGGAGGCCAACAGGCGAGCAAUAGAAACCCAGAAAUCGCAACAGGGCAAGGAAAAACGACAGAGUUUCGCCAUACCAGAUUUUAAGAACGGCAAGGUGGUGAACCGGGCCCGAGGAUUUGUCGUUCGAAUCUUCGAUGCCAUAUGCAAUUGUGCCAACAACAAUGCAGCGGCGGCCACGACGCGCUUCAAGCUAAGGAGCAAUAGCGGCGGUGGGGGAGGACUUGGAGGAGCCAGCGGAAAUGGCAAGCGACAGCAGUCGCAGGACGAGCCGGAAACCCUGGUUCUAACUAAGAAGAAGCCAGCCGGAGAGGGGAAAAAAAAGAAAGGCGUAAGCAUGGCCGAUGAUGUUCAAGCCGGCGUUCGACUGAUGGACUAAGCAAGCAAUAUAAGCGAUGGUUGAUCCUGCAAUGGGAAAACAUAAUCAAAAUUAUUAACAGCCCCUUCCUUAACACAGAACUUACAUUCAGCAGUUUCCCUCUGUCUCAUAAAACUUUAAUGGGCCUUGCCCAGAAGCAUUUUCUUUGCUCAAAUGUCUAAAGCACAUUAUAAUUAUUCCAAGUCUUCCCAAGAAGACCAAAAAUUGUCAUAUAAGAUAAGAAGUCCUGUUUCUCAUUUGAAAUCGGAUUUCGAUUUUGAAAAGUUUUGAAGGUGAUUAAUAUUAUUGAAAUUUAUUAGGUAAUUUCUUGUCAGAAUAUGUGACCAUAGGAAUUCUCCGACAAAUGAAAACAGGACUAAUAGGACAGUCUAAGCUCUCUACUUUAUGAUUUUAUAAACCUAAAUGUGAUCCCUGAUGGAAAUGUAAACAAAAGAACUCGAAGCACAAACAACUUCUAGAUUAGUUAGGGAAGGAGAAAUGAACCAAAAUCAUAUAGGAUAUCUCACUCUCAUACUCUCAGCCGACACCCGAGGCUAUCCCACGCACAACGCAAUCAACGGCAUUACACAAUCCCUAGUGGAAUCCAUGCCAAGCUUAACAACAGGCCAGCCAAUCUCCACCUAAUUAUAACUAUGAUAUAUCAAAUUAUAUACCUAUAUGUGUAUACCUAGGUGUGUACCGUACCACCUACCUAUUUAGAUGUGUGUGCAGUAGUUACAAAAUAUUUCCAAACAAGCUAACAAACGGUUCAAUAUACAAGCAUAAAUGUGUACUGAUUUUAUAUACAAUGUACUAUUACUAACUACUAUACUCGUAUACAUGUGGACAUAAUUAGACUCUUAGUUAUAUACACAAACCACUUCCUAAACGCCGCACAGGUUUCCUCAAACAUCCUCAUCAAUAUCAUCAACAAAAUCCGCAACACGCACGCUCUAAUCGGAUAUAUUUUUGUGAAGCCCUUUUUGAGAGUUCUAUAAAGACACUAUUCUAUACCGAAUCCGAAAUUAAUGAUGUCGUAUGCGAUAACUAGCUAACGAGAUAACUUUGUACACACAUUUGCAAGGCAACCAUUUUGUAUAAGAUUUUGCAUUUAUUUUUUAACCUUUAGAAUGCAAAGAUCUCACUAAGUUCGAAUGUGUUGCUAAGCCAAUUGAGUAUUUAUAAAUUACAAAAUGUAUAAGUGUGCAUAAUAUAAAACUGUUGUAUUUAGUUAACAAUAUCAGCAAUAAAGUGUAACAAUGUUUGAAAUCAAAAA